UGGCUGUCUGUCUUCGCCGUCAAGAGGCAGGCAGCCACCAGCCCACCACUUCGCUCCCCGCCACCCGCGCCCGCCCUCCGUCGCCCGUUCGACCGUCCUCCCUCUUGUGCCCCCUCCUCCCUGCCUCCCUCCAGCCGGCGUCGCAGGGCUAUCUGCACCCGUGCCGCAAAAGCAAUGGAGGUGGGCGCUAGCAUGGCGAUGCAGGCACGCGCGCCUGGCGCCGGUGCCGGGGCCGGCGGGCGCCGAGGCGCGUUCCUCGGCUGGGAGAAGCAGGCCCGGGUGGGGAGCCUGCGGGUUGGAGGAGCUGCCGGAGCGGCAGCCGUGGCUGUGCGGGCUCCCGGGACCAAGUCCGUCGCCCCGCUCUGCUGCGUCAGGGCAUCGCGAGGGAGCUCCCAUAACUCAGUUGACGAGGCCCUCUUGUUAAAGAGGAAAUCAGAAGAAGUUCUGUUCCACUUGAAUGGGCGGUGCAUUUAUCUAGUUGGAAUGAUGGGCUCUGGAAAGAGCACGGUGGGAAAGAUAUUGGCUGAAGUUCUGGGGUAUUCAUGCUUUGACAGCGAUAAGUUGGUAGAACAAGCAGUUGGCAUGCCUUCCGUAGCUCAAAUAUUUAAGGUUCAUAGUGAAGCAUUUUUCAGAGAGAAUGAGAGUAAUGUCUUGAGGGAUUUGUCCUCAAUGCGGAGAUUAGUUGUUGCAACUGGAGGUGGUGCUGUUAUUAGGCCAAUCAACUGGAAUUACAUGAAGAAAGGUCUAUCUGUUUGGUUGGAUGUGCCUUUGGACGCACUUGCAAAACGUAUUGCUCAAGUGGGGACUGCUUCUCGCCCUCUCCUAGACCAGCCAUCUGACGAUCCAUACACAGUGGCUUUCACGAAACUGAGCAUGCUUGCGGAGCAAAGAGGUGAGGCUUAUGCGAACGCCGAUGCAAGAGUGUCUCUUGAAGAGAUUGCAGCUAAGCAGGGCCACAGUGAUGUUUCUAAGCUGACACCGACUGAUAUCGCCAUCGAGGCGCUACUCCAGAUUGGAAACUUCGUCACUGAACAUCCCACAAUCCAUGGCCAAGUUGGCGACUUGCAAGUCGAUUCUCAGAGCCGCAGGAUUCAGACCUUGUAGAAUUUUGACCCCAUGUGUACCAGUAGAGUACAGCCGCUCUACAAUAUUUGUUUGUCCUUGGUUCUGAAAUCUGAAAAGGAUGAUAGGAUGAAAGAUACCCUACCUGCAAAAGGGUAGACUAUAGAGCAACUGAUGAUGGAUGGAGCUAAUGAGAGAAGCUCCACGGAUGAAAAAGGGUUUUACAGUUUUUUUUGAAGAGAAAAGGUUUUUACAGUUACCAUGUUCACCCCGUUGGUUUUCGACAAGCUUUCUUUGCUCUGCAGAGUCUGUUUCAGAGACAUGAAUUUUGUACAAAGUUCGCAUGAAAUUCAUAGUAAAUGGUUUGUUUUUU